AUGAGCGUGGGUACCAAUCUUGCACAAGAUCGUGGGCCGCUGGUCAAUCUGGCCAGCUGGGUCCUGCUCAUCAUCGCUCUCCUGGCCUGCUUGGUCAAAUUCUACAUCAAAUGGAGAGCAUUCAAGCGCCUUGACCUGAACGACUUGUUCUUCGCAUUCGCCCUUUUGAUGGCCAUCGCGCUGUGUGCGGCGACUGCUACCCAAGUAUCAAAUGGCCUUGGGCGGACUGCGGGCACGCCCUCCGACUCAGAAACCAGGAAUUUCUAUCUGGCUACGUAUCUAUCGUCGCUCUUUUACGUUCUGGCCACCUUUUUCGUCAAGCUCGGAACCCUACACUUCUUUCUGUCGCUCGCCCUUAAUCCUCUGAGCAAAUUGGUUACCAAUAUUGUUAUCGGAUUUUCAUCGUCAUGGAUGCUCACCUCCAUCUUCGUGUUGUCCUUCCAAUGCUCGCUUCCGGACACCUGGGAUAUGCGACAGGGAGAAGGCAAGUGUAUAAACGAGACGUCCUUUUGGAUAGUCCAUGGGGUUGUCGAUAUUAUAACGCAAACGGUAGUUGCGUUCUUACCAAUCUAUCUCCUCCAUCACAUUCAGACCAACAAAAGGACCAAACUCUUCGUGAGGCUCUCGUUUUGCCCAAACAUACUGACUCUUCCCCUUAUAAUCCUUCGCCUCACCUACCUAAAACACCUUUACUCCUUCAAAACUUCAAACGUCAUGACGGCAUCCUUCAAACUGAUCCUAGUAACUGUGAUCCACUCCAGCAUCGCCAUAAUUUUUAGCUCAAUCCCUUUUACAAAACCAGUCAUUGAUGCAUUAUCUAUUGGGGUAAUAACUAACGAUAUCGGGUUCAGCUUGCGAUGGGAUCUAAACACGGCACAAGUUGCUACCGCCUACGGAAACCAUAGCUCCUCGAGCGGGCGUGGCGGGGGAUCUUCAAAGAGAGCCCUGUAUGGGUGGCGGAAGACUCCUGCAGGGGAAAGCUACACUAGCAGCGUUACUGCUAGUAAAGGUAGGGAGGAGAGGGGAGGGAUUGAAUUAGAGAGCAUGCGGAAAGGAAAUUCUACCUUUGAUGUCGAAAGGGAUGGUGGAAAGAUGGAAAUUCGAACGACAAAGACAACUACGGUAAAAAGUGAGCAAAGAACGGAUCUGAAAGGUUAA